GCACCCGCCGCCGUUCCGUGCCCUCUGCCCUAUUUCUCACAAGUCCCUCAAUUUAUACACGUUAGAAAUGAGGUUGGGGUCGUCAAGCCCCGCCUACGAUACCAAUCGAGAGACUGUGUUCACGACAUCAUCAAGAGCGAAGAGAACCUACGCUAUUGUCACCACACUCAUCGCAUUGGUCGUCGCGACACUCCUAGGAUACGCCCUCAUACAAGUCAUCGCAAAGUUAAAACGCGAGCGGCAUAAGCCUGCGUUCUACAGCUACCAUUCUAAGGGUCUUCCUGAAGGAAAAAUAGUUCGGACGUUUCAACGCGACGUCAUGCAAUACCUAGGGAUCCGCUACGCUACACAUCUGAGCCCUGCAAACCGUUUUGACAAGUCCGUACCCGAGCCUCCCCUGCGAGCAACGUCAGGAAAAGGUCACAAAGUCCCAGCCUGCGCUCAGCCGCUCUACAGUCCGUUUCCGUCCAGGCCCUUACCUAAAGCUUCGGCGAACGAUGACUGCCUGUUUCUAAACAUAUGGGUACCACUUACGAAGAAUGGUGGCCGCACUAGAAAACCUGUUGCUGUGUUGCUAGUUGGCGGCAACUUCGUUGCGGGAGGAGGCGGUGAAUACGAGUUCUACGAUGGCGCUGCAAUGGCUGCCUUGUGGGACCACGUUGUUGUUGUGCCAAACUAUCGCGUAGGCAUCCUAGGUUUCUUGAAGGGUACAUCUGAAGACCCAGCCCAGAACAAUGGUAUCUGGGACCAGCUCCAGGCGCUACGAUGGGUUCACGCCAACAUAGAUACAUACGACGGUAUAGUAAAUCAAACUGUUUUAAUAGGCCACGAAGCUGGUGCUACUUCAGCCGGGUACCACCUCGCAUCGCCCAUUAGUAGGCAGUAUUUCACUCGCGUUAUUCUCAUGAGCGGGUCUUCCCAUCGGAUCAUGCCUAAUUUUCCGGUAAGAAACGUAGCCGACGUGUCGGAGGAGCUGCUCUGUCCCCAACCCGAGAGCAAGGAAGCCCUUCUAGAAUGUCUUCGUGGACGCUCCCUGCAAAGUCUGAUAAACUUCGAGCUAGCGAGAGGUAUGGGAGGUGCCAUAUCGUUCUUCACACCUUCUCGAAAAGCAAUAGUUACAUCUGACGACCAAGUCAGAUAUACGUCAGGGAGAAAAGAAGUGAUAGUCGGGUUUGUAAGCAACGAAGGAGUUCCUUACCUGUCUGCGCUCCUCGAACACCUAGGCGUCAGAGAUGAAGAGCGUAUUAACAAACAAUUGGCGACGCGUAUACUGGUGCAUUUCUUGCGUGUACACGGUAUUACGUUAUCAAAGUAUAUCCUCUCGUUGUACUUUUCGCACACGUCGAACGCUGUGGAGGCGCUUUCUGCCGCCAUUGGCCAUUUUGUUGUGCACUGUCCCGUGCAAGAGUUUGUGAGAAGAUACGUUCGCUCCGGAAACGAUGUCUACGUCUAUCAUUUCCAACAUGUUCCAAGUUACCGUUGGUGGCCAGCUUGGAUGGGUGCCCCACAGAUGCUCGACUGGCUUUACAUAACUGGAAAUGUGAUUCAUCUUCGAGACAGUGGCAUACGAGUCACCAAAGACGAUGUGGCGCUCGCACAGAAGUUGGCGGCUCUGUUCUCCUGCUUCUCGAUAAAAGGUAACCCAAGUGGGUGUGCUGGGACGCCCCUUCUGUGGGCUAAGACGUCAGAGCAGAGAGUGCAGCACCUUGUAAUCGCUAGUACCACAUCUAUCUACAUGGUACAAGGAAUGCCCUACGAAUACGUAUGCAAGGAGUGGAUUGCGCUAAUUGCGAAUCAUACACAAUUAUCAACACGACAGCCUGUGGGCCCUGCUCCGCUUGACAAACAUCGAAGCCUAAUUAAUGUGCUCACGCAACUCGAAAAUCCCAUCACUGGAAAAACGCCGAAGACAUUUGCGAUCGACAGUCUCCGAUUGUCAGUGGACAGACCUCCAGAACUGUUCGACAAGGGUUUCGAAGCUAUGAUACAAGAAAGAAGAGUUUGAUUAAAAUCCACAUAACUGCUUACUACUAACAAACUACUAAACUAACUACUAAAAUAGGCUUUAACACGGCUCACCACCAGUUGGCAAGGAAGAGCCUUGGACAUGUACGUAACCAUGGAAUGUAAAUCUUUUUUAUUUUUACAUUGUUGUGAUAUAAUUAAACAAGACACGAAAUACAAACAACUUAUAGAAUACACACUGUGAUUAGUCCGAUAACCGUCGAACCUGGAGUCUGUACGUGGAGGCUUGAGAGAUUUUUGUUUUCUUUUUGUUUCCCUCAUGAUUCACGGAGGAUUACCGGACAA